AAUUCGCUGGAAUAUUCAAUAAUUAAGAGCGAUAUCCCCGCGAAAUAUUAAACGGAAUUGUUAAAAAUCGUACAGUAUCGAUUGAGUGUCUGAUUGGUUAAACCAGUGCUUAACGCAAGUAUGGCUGCUUUGCCGUCACCUACGCAGGUGGCUGGAUGCCAUACUGCAAUAUAUGAAGCUUAUUAUAAUCAGAUUGAUCCAAAUGGAUAUGGACGGAUUGAGGCAAUGGAUGCUGCAAGAUUUCUUAAGAAAUCCCAGUUGAGUGAUGUUAUUUUGAGUAAAAUAUGGGAUAUGGCUGAUCCACAAUCAAGGGGUUCUUUAGACAAAUCUGGCUUGUUUGUUGCACUCAAAUUAUGUGCAUUGGCACAAACAGGAAAGGAUUUGAAUAUGUCUAAUCUAAUCCUAGAAUUGCCACCACCAAAGAUGGGAGACAUUCCAGUCAUUCAACAGAAGGCUAUGACUAAUGCUUUGCCUGUAAUAACAUCUGUCAAUAAUGGAGAUUGGUCAAUUAAUCCUACAGAACGAGCAAAAUACGAUCAGCUUUUUGAUAGCUUACAGCCAUCUAAUGGCUAUAUAUCUGGAAAUAAAGUAAAAGGUGUUCUUAUGGACAGCAAACUUCCCAUGGAUACGCUUGGUAAGAUUUGGGACUUGGCAGAUAUGGACAAGGAUGGUAUGCUGGAUAGACAUGAAUUUGUAGUUGCUAUGCAUCUUGUAUAUAAAGCAUUGGAAAAAUAUGCAAUACCAAGUGUACUUCCACCAGAAUUAAUGCCACCUAAUAAAAGGAAAGACAUUAUUAUUUCUAAGACUAAGUCUCCUACACUGAUAGGCAUGGCAGUUACUGCAUCACCGUCAUCGCAAACACAAGCACCACCCUUAUCAAAUACGACGACUAUUAAGAGCUUGACUGGAUUAGAUGCUGUAAAAACAAGCGCGCAACAUUGGGUAGUUUCGGCCGAAGAUCAAAUAGCUGCGGAAAAAUUAUUUUUACAAGCUGACAUGGACAGAGAUGGAUUUGUCUCUGGUUUAGAAAUCAAGGAUGUCUUCCUACAAAGUGGACUUCCACAUUCUGUGUUAGCCCAUAUAUGGAGUUUAUGCGAUAUUUGUCAAAGUGGAAAAUUAAAUAAGGAACAAUUUGCCAUAGCCAUGUGGCUUAUCAAGCAGAAACUCAACGGUAUAGAUCCUCCGACAAGUUUAACCCCUGAAAUGAUACCGCCUUCUGUACGGAAAGUUGGAGAAACUAUUGUGGAAAACAAUAACAUAUCAGGCUACUCGAAUCCAGAGUUGAAUAUGAUAAGUAAAGACAUAGCGGAACUUGUACGUGAAAGACAAAGUAUGGAACAGGAUAUUGCGCAAAAGGAAGCCGAUAUUAAGAUAAAGAAUGGAGAAAUCAAAAGUCUUCAAAGCGAAUUGGAUACGCUUGCGGCAACAUUGAAGCAACUUGGAAAUCAGAAGGGUGAGGCGCAGAAGAGAUUGAACGACUUAAAAGCCCAGAAGACUGAAGUAGAUAGAGAUUUGAGUGAGGUCGAAGAGAAGAUUCAAAAGGAACAGAAGAAGGUCGAUAAACUUCGCCAACAAGCUGAAGAACAAGAAUCGGUGUUGCGGAGUCAAGAAGAAGAGUUGAACUUCAAAAGACAAGAACUCGAAGGACUGCGACAAGAGGAGCAGCAAUUAGAACAGCAACAGAAUAAAAAUAGGGACCAGCUAAAUGAGUUGACGAAGAAAUUGCAAGAUACUCAGUUAGAAAUCUGUCAAGCGAAGGCUAAAAUUACUCAUUUACAAGAACAACAACGUCAGAUGAGUGAUGCAAUUGCACUUUAUGAUUCUGCGCUCGCUGCAGGAGACGUCAAUCUUGUACCUGAUACUAGUCUGCAGUUUGUACCCGAGAUUGAAGAUAUAGAAUAUGAAACAACUAAGAGUGCAGGUGAAGCGAAUGAAAUGAAAACAGAUACAACUGGGACUAGCACUUUAAACGGAUUUGGAGAUCAAGAUCCUUUUGCAUUGAAUAAAGCCAAAGAAACAUUUAGCGCACCGAUAUCCGAUCCGUUUGGAAGCGCGUUUUCUGCGCAACAAUCUAAUAAUUUUACAGCAGAUCCUUUUACUGCGUUUGAUAAUACCAAUAUGGUGGUAAAGCAAGAUCCUUUUGAUCCAUUUGAUAAUGGAAAACGAGCUGAGAAUAAAACGUCUACAAUUACAUUGAAUGCAAAAGAUCCGUUUGGAGAAGAUCCAUUUGCCAAUCUUCAUGCUCCUCCUCGUCCCGAGAGCCCUAGUCCCGCUCUUCCGCCAAAGAAAGCGAAGCAACCACCGCCACGUCCAGCUCCACCUCGACCGAGUCAAGGUCCUACUGGGCCAUUGAGAGCAGCACCUGCACCUCCAACGCCUUCACCAACUCCAGAUCCAUUUGCGAAUGCAAAUUCAGAUCCAUUUAGCGCUCAACAAACAAUCGAUAACAAUAAUAGUUUUACAUCUUCCGGAUUCGCCGACUUUACCAAUUUUGAUUCUAAGCCAGAACCGACGGCUAAUCAAUCGACUCCACCAAGAGCAACGAGUAAAAUCCACGUAACAAUGGCACAACCAAAGCUGUCGGACUUUACGGAGGAUCCUUUUCGAGACUACCGUUAUGAAGACCCUUUCAAUAUAACGGAUCCAUUCGCCGAUGAGAUGACAGAGGACUUGAACGCAAACGAAAACAGGGGGACGAAUAAAACAGAUCCUUUUGGUUUUGAAUCGAUUUCUGCGUUCUCGAGUAAGAACACUCCGGCUAAAAUUUUCGAUAAUAAUUUCUCUAAUACCUUUCCGCUCGCUAAAACAAAAACCGAGAAGAACAAUGUAAGCGAUACGAGUAGCGCAAGCAAGUUCGACGUCGAUUUUGGAAAAGCGUUUUCCAUUGAUAACAAGAACGUUCAAGAUAUUGAUUUUUCCCAAGCGUUUGCUAAUGUCAAGUCAAGAACAAUCAAUCUUGACGAAGCAUUUUCAACUAAAGACGCAAAGACCAUCGCGAGGCACGAGUUAAAUAUAAUGCGCAUUUCAAAGUCUAAUAUCACUUAUAACGAUGACAAAUUUACGAACAAUUUCGGAAAGACGUGGAGCGGUAAUAACAUAACUAAUUUAUCGGAGGAGGAGCAACUGGCGUGGGCAGAAAAGCAGAGUAUAAAAGCAGAAGAAGAGAGGCUCAGGCGUAAAGAGAAGGAAGACGCCGAACUAGCUCUCGCUCUCGAAUUAAGUAAACAGGGGAAAUCGGAAAAUGUUUAACCUUUAAUGAAUAAUACUAUCUCUUUUUUUUAUUGAUAUUACCGUUAAAUUAUAUGAAAAAGUUUUGUAUCUCAUAAUAAAUGACAUUGUGCAAGUUUACAUUAUUAUGCAUUAGCAUAAUCACGUAUAGAAGCGAAAUGUAGACACAAGUUAUCAGAUUGACAAUAAUAUCGGGUAUACAGAUAUUAAAGAAUAUACUCGAACGAAAAAGAGAAAUUAUCAUGAAUGUUAUUAUAUGUAGACAGAUUAUUUUCGAUUGUGAGUGUAACUUUGAAAUUUCACAUAUCUCUCAGAAUUUUUCAAAUUGUUUAGAAAAAUUUAUAAAAAGACUUAUUUUAUUUUUUCAUAUUUUUUAUUUUUAUUUUCCUUUCUCUUGAUCAUAAUAAUCGACUAUUCGCACAUGAUUAAACGUGAUCCGAGGGUGUUGCACGGCUUUUUUGAGUUACAAUUAUAAAUGUACGAAUGAUAAUAAAAAUAAAUUGAAAAGUUCAAGUUGUAAAAGUUAUUCGAUUAAAGCACACAAUAAUACAGCAUCGUUAAAAGUAUCGUUAUUAAUAUAUAAAUGCCUAUAUAGUAAUCGAAUAUUACAAGAUUUCGAAUAUUACGAUAUUUGUCGCUAUUAAUUCGGCAUACGAGAAUCUAAGUCAUGAAGUUUACUUCGCGCCAGCCUUUAAUAACUUCAUGUAAGAGAGAGAAAAGAAAGAUAUGUAUAUACACACACAGGGUUUCCCAUUUUAAUUUCCCCAAAUAUCUCGAAAAAUAUAGAUAUCAAAAAAAUCUUUCAGGGUUCCACAACUCUUAACCGAGAUUUAACUUAAAAUAUAUUAAACUUCGGUUAAAAGUUAACCAUGAGUUGUAAGGCUGAGCCUAAAUGAGCCCCAUGUCGGUUAACUUAACCGAGGUUGGUGAAAGAGACCCUAAGAUGAAAGUGGAAUGAUUUUGAGGGGGAUGUAUUUUGGUCACGUUGUUUCUUUUUUUAGAUUGAGUAGAGGUGCCAAAAGAUAUGAAGGUUAUAUGAUUUUUUAAUAUAAUAUAAUUCUUCUAAUUACACAGACCGACAAAAUUUAAGGGAAGGGGGGGGGAGUCUUGUGUUUCGUACUUCGAAAGAUGUUUUCGUAGGAUUUUGAUGCGCUGAAAGCGACUACGUUGUUCGUUUUUUUCCAUUACCCUCCAUUUUUUAAAUAAUCGCAAAAACAGUUUUUUCCGGAAGUAUUUUCUUUAUUAAUUUUUUCCAGCUAAACAAAAAAUUAUAUCGAGGUCUGUUUUGCGGCAUUUAACUUAGAAAUGUUCCAACAAUACUAAAAAUAUUUUUUCGAUUCUUAUAAAAAUGUUUCUUAUAAAAAUGAUUCUUAUAAAAAAACGGACAACGUAGUCGCUUUCAGCGCAUUAAAAUCCUACAGAAACAUCUUUCGAAGUUCAAAGCACAAGUUUUUUUUCCCCC